AAAAAAGCAGUGCAAAUGUUAUUUUUUGAAAGAUGCAUGAACAAACAGCAGUCUUUAAUUUAAUUUAAUUUAAUUUAAAUCACAGUUCAUGUUUAAAUUCCAGCACUAGAUUUCAGUAGAUUCUAAUAAUUCUCAUUUAUGAAUACAUAAUUAUAUAUAUAUUGAAAACCAUAACAAACAGAGCAAAAACACAAAGUCUUCCAUAAGCCCUAACAGCAUGUCAAAUCAAUCAAUUUCAGCAUUCAAAUUUAUAAUAUUUAAUUAAAUAUAACCUACACCCACAUCCCGACAGAGAAGCCAGCAUACAGUUCUCUGAAGCUGAUCUAGUGCAUACUAAAUGUGCACUUCAUAACGAACCCAUAUUUCACAUAUUAAUCAUAUAUUUUGUUGCAUUUGCGUUUAAUUCUGAAGUGAUAGUGUUUCUAUCGCGCAUGGCUAAAUCUCCCCUCGAGAUCUUCCUGUCAGCAGCAUCCCAGCGUUACUAUGAUAUCUGUGGAGCGAUCGCGUCUGAAGGUGAAACAGGAGGCAUUUGAUUCAACAUGAGUGCAAGCGUUGAGUGUCGAUGGAGUCUCUGAACGCCGUGGAGCUACGUGAACUGGGGGAUGGGAGCAGGAGAGAACCUCCUCAGUCCUCCUCAGGACCGCAGCCCACAGCCGGCAUCGAAAACGCGUCGUUCGAGGAUGAGGAUCAGGGAACGAGGAUCCGUGUUACCUCCAGAACAUCUGGACCUGAAUUCACGUCCAUCGACUCUCAGUUGAAUCCGCUGCCUAUUCAGAGAGAAGUGGCAUCACCGCGCUCCGAAGACGAACCGGAGCUUGAGUAUAACGGCCAUUCGGUGGACUACGGGUUCAUUUUUGCGCUCAUUUUCCUUGUAAGCGGCAUCAUAUUAGUGGUAAUCGCCUACACGAUCCCAAGAGAGGCUAAAGUCAACCCAGACCAAGUAACAGCACGGCAGAUGGAGAAACUGGAGAUGUACUACGCACAACUCGGUUCUCACCUCGACAAAUGUAUUAUUGCGGGACUUGGUUUGCUCACUCUGGGAGGAAUGCUUCUGUCUGUUUUAUUAAUGGUGUCUAUAUGCAAAGGGGAACUGUAUCGCCGGAGGACUUUUGCUAGAAGACCCAUGAAAUCGUACGGAUCCAUUAAUAUGAGGAUGAGGCAGUUAGCUGAGGGUGAUGGGAGGGAGACGCUUGUGGAAUGUGAACCGAACGCCAUCGCUGACGCUGCGAACGGUAAUCAGGUUCCUUCUGGAACGCUAAACACGUAGCACAACAGAAUCACAUUGAAAAACCUGAAGAUUUGCAGUCGCAAAAGGAAACAGUGCUCUCAAGGCAGCGUAAAUAAAGGUUGUUGGAUAAGUUUCAUUUUUUGGCUUUGAUAAUCUGUGAAUGAAACACCUCAUCAGAGCCAUGGUUGCUGUUGCCUUUUAUUUAUUUUUUAUUAUUUUUGUCUGCUGUGUUGCUAGAUCUCAAAACGCAACUUGGUCUAAAAACAAGCGGUUGAUAACUUGCUUAAAAAUAAAAUAAAUAAAUAAAUAAAAGUAAUAAAAUAUAAUAAUAAUGAAUUUAUAAUUGAAUUGAACAAUAGAAAAAAACAAUAAAAAAACAGAUUACAUAAAGACUAAAUUAAUUAUUUCAGUUGGCGAAUGUAUUUUAAUUAUAUCGUUUUAUAUAAAUUUUGUAUUUCCUUAUUAGGAAAAAAGCUGUUUUUACUCAUCAUUCGGUAUAAUCAUCAAAAAAUAAGCCUAAAAAAUGGCAACCUAUGACUGUCCAUAUUUCUAAGCAACUCUAGGGGAUAAAAAAAAACAAUGCCAAAUUGCGUAUAAUAGGUGGACAUGGCAACAUAAGGCUAAACAGAAAAAAUACCAAUCAUGAUUCUGUAUGCAAAUAAACACAAGAAGAGGAAAAAAAACUAAUUGCAAUUUGCCAGUCAAUCUGUCAGUUAGAUUUUCACACUUUAAUCUUAAAUUGAAGUAAUUUCUUAAAAAGUAUGUUUAUUAAAAACAAUUAAUAAAUAAAAUAAACUGGCAGUUAAGGCUGAAAUUAUUAUCAAAACAAAUUUUGAACUCAAAGAAGAAACCUGUCAAGGUCAGUCCCUCUUCAUUUUACUACGAAAAAUUAUGCAUAACUGUAAUGUGAAAAAUAAUGAUAUAUUUUUAAAAUGCUAACAUCAUAGCAGCAAUGGUCUUUGGUUUAGAAAACAUGGAAAGGCAACAAUUCUUAUAAAGACUUACCAUGACUAAUCAGCCUUCCUGGCUUCCAGGCUUUGAUGAGUGAUGACUAAACAGUUUUGUGUCACAAUGCAAAGUUUUCACACUCCUAAAAUAAGUUUAAUUUUCUUUGUACCAAAAUAUGCAUUCUUAUUUUUUCCUUUCAAUUCUGGAGUAAAACGUGACGUUUUCAUAUACAGUAACCUGUUCAUGCUGCCUUGCAAGCACUGUCUUCAUAUUAACCAAGGCGUAGGCAAACACCCAAAAACACAAUGUGACGGUGCAAAAAGAGAUGCUAAAACCUCAAAAGACUGUUAAAGGAAUGAAAGCACAAUGGUGAAGCGUCAUAAUAACUCAACAUGCUGCAGAACAAACCGCCAUCAGCUACUCUACAAAACUUGAAAUAAAUGUCUGUAUAAUCUAUAACAUCACUAAAGACACUCUGAGUGGAAUAUAUACAAGCUAUUAUUAUCCAAGGAUGCAAUAUGCCUUAAGAUGUUACAAAUGUUCACCGUGAACACAUUUAGGCUUGUUUGUAUUUGUAUACUGUUCGUGUUUUGUAUGUGUCACACACUUACUCGUUGUCGUCAACCCACGUUCUUGGAGUAGAAGAGAAUGUACCGCAACCAAGGGAAUAGACAUAUGAAUGCUUAACGUUUUAAACAAGAUAUCUAUUUUACAACAUCUAUCAAUAUGGUAAUUUAGUAGAUUUGUGCUAACAAUUAACAAAAAUGUGAAGUUUUACUGUGAUGGUGCAAUAUGCGUUAGAUUCCAGUAGAGAAAUAUAUAUUUCCAUAUCAAUGUUCAGGUUACAAAGUUGUUGUCUUCUCAAUGACACAGCAGAAAUAUGCUACUGUUUGCUUUAAGAAUAUGCCCAUCACCCCUUUUAAAUCAAAGCUAUUGUUAUAGCACAUAAGCAGAAUUCAUGUUUACUUGAUCCCAGAUGAAGCCUGGUUUGUUUUUUUUUGCUGAUGUAGUAACUGCACUGUUCGAACGCAAGAUUGUAAUCAAAACUAAGCAGAAGCCUAAUAACAGCAGAUUUAUUUUCAAGUCUUAGAUGUAGUAAAGAUUAUCCUGCAAUGUUAGAUUUCCAGGGGUAUCCAAAAUACAUACCCAGUAUAUUACUCUGUGUAGAACAGCUUUAUAAUGGCAUUUUACAAAAAAAAAAAAAAAAAAAUAGAAAUGUACUCACCCUCAGGCCAUCUGAGAUUAAGAUAAGCUUGUUUCUUUGUCAGAACAAAUUUUAAGAACAGAAUGGAUCCUCUGCAGUGAAUGGGUGCCGUCAGAAUGACAGUUCAAACAGCGGAUAAAAACAAUAAUCCACAAGUAAUGAAAGUAAUCCACAAGCUGCAUGUUUGUAAGAAACAAAUGCAUUAUUAAGCCUUUUUUAACUUUAUACUGUUGUUUCUGGCUUAAAUACGAGUUCUCUAUUAAUAAUAUUGCUUUAAAAAGUCAUCUUGUGUGAAUCAGGAGAGGAAUAUGCACAGAUCAAGCACCGUUUACAAGACAAACAGUUCUAAACAAGUAUUUGGAUUUUGGUGUGAGAGGAUAACAUGGGAGGGACUUUUUUACUGGAGGAAGCAUUUUUAUGGAUUUUGAACUUGUGUUUUGGCCAGAAGUUAUGAUUUAAAAUGCCUUAACGAUGUAUUUAUUUCUUACGAACAUGUAGCUUUCCAUUUCACAAGAUAUUAACAGAUGGACUGGAGUGGUGUGGAUUAUUGUGAUGUUUUUAUCAGCUGUUUGGACUCUCAUUCUGACGGCACCCAUUCACUGCAGAGGAUCCACUGGUGAUCAAGUCCUGAAAUGCUACAUUUCUCCAAAUAUGCUCUGAUGAAGAAACCAACUCAUCUACAUCUUGGAUGGCCCGGGGGUCAGUUGUUCCUUCAGUGAAACUGGUAACUAAUAUAAAGCUAGGGAAAAGUGCAUUUCUUGAAACAUGUGACUGAGCAUUUGGGAUAACUAGAAUAAAGGAGAUUAUGAUUUUUUUUUUUUUUUAAAUAUAUAAAUGUUAUAGGCUUGAAUCUUGAUAAAUGAAAACACCAAGUUUUUUCACUGUUACACUAAACCUAAUGGUUAAUGAGAGCACAUUAUAUCAGAGAGAGAAUAUUGUCACAUAACUAUAAUUUAUUUCACAUGUUAAAUAUUCUUUACACAUAUUUACUAUGGCAGUGAAAGUCUAAAGAUUGUUUGAACUUUACUAUAUACUGUACUUUGAAUAUUUGGUGGUGUAUAAAGUGUGAUGGGUUCACGUGCUGCGCUAACUUAAGUGCUUUUUGAAGUGCAAUGAACUAGUUGUAAUGUUUCUUUGAUACAUUGCUAAAUUAUAGUAAACAUUUCUGUCAUUUAUUAACUGUAAGAUGUUGGUUAUGGUGUGAUGUAAAGGUACAAGGUUAAAAGAAAGUAGUAUAUUGCUUUCAUGUCUUCAGUUGUGUAAACUAUUGUCUUGUAAGCACAGAGGAUCUAGUAUUGAGCACACUAAGCAUUUAUCAUUCACCGAAUCUGUGCUUUUGGUCAUAUUGCUCAUGAACAAGCUCCUUAAUGCAUGUGAAGGUCAUUUAAAGACAUAAGGAAAUGCUUUUUCAACAUGACAACCUGAACUGAGCAAGUCUCUAUAUUGAGAAUGGAAUAUUAGUGUAUUUACACUACUGUGCAAAGGUUUGGGGUCAGUAAGAUUGUUUGUUUUUUAAAGGAAUACUAUUGGUCAGCAAGGAUGCAUUAAACUGAUCAGAAUUGUCAGUAAAGACAUUUAAAUUGUUUGAAAACAUUUCUAUUCCAAUUACACUGUUCUUUCAUCAUCUAUUCAUCAAAGAAUCCUGACAAAAAAAUAAAAAAUAUCACUGUUCUCACAAAAAUUUUAUGCAACAAUUGUUUCCAGUGCUGAAUCAUUGAUAAUAAGAACUUUUUCUUGAACAAAUCAGCAUAUUAAAAUGGUUUCUGGAGGAUCAUGUGACACUGAAGACUGGAGUAAUGAUGCUAAAAACUCGUUUUAAAUAGAA